GUCACUCUGUCAGCCACAGGUUGCAGCUGGGCUAGGGCUGGCGAUAGCAACGACACCGAUGCCGGCAUCAGGUUAUAUCGAUGGUGGCCGUUGGCACGAGCUACCCUACCGGCGCCUGGUAUGGAAGGCAUGAACAGUGUUGAUGCUGACGGUAGUAGUGCAACUACGAGAGCUUGACUACCUAUACCGAGUCCCGUAUGCGGAGCGGCUGCCUGCAUUGAGAACCAAUUGUUGCAUCAGCCUCUGACUAGAGACAUUGGCUCCCACGCUCCCUACUGGCGGCAACGGCGUGAAGAACUUUUUGUCGUCAAAAUGUCUCAUUUCGGCCAAGAAACGGCCGGGCGAGGGUUGAGAUCUAGACCAGCAUGCUACCUGUGAAUGAGUCGCCCAAGUCGACACAGAAAUGGCGCAGACGCAUUGUGGCACUCUAUCGCGCUGCCAUUGGCGAUGGUUGCAUUGGCGAUGGCGAUAGCAAUGCAUUUUACUUGUGUUACUGUUACCGCUCUCUUGGACACGACUCUUACUUCACUUACACUGCUGGGGUGCUCUUGUGCAUCGGCGAUGAGCGGAGCAUUGGGAGGCAAAUGCUUCUCACAAAAUGUCUCGCCAAUUGCAACGACUGAUGCUCCUUGCAAAGUGCGUUUCGAUUGGGGUAAGAGCAGGCACCGCUACGGGCAUUUGGCGGCUCAAGUAUUGCCCCAGAAAGAACAGACGAAGCGCGAAAGCGACAGCAACAACGCAACACGCACGCAAUCACGCACGGAGCGUAUUCUCGGAGUGGCCCGAGCUGUCGGCAACAACUAUCACUGGAUGCGCAGACGCUUCAUUGCAGGAUUGUUUGUUGUUAACCUGAGUCCGACACUUUUGCUAUUCGCGGCGUGGGUUAGUUUCCCACGUUGACGGAGCAUUUGCAUUGAGGUUUUUUUGCUUCCUUUCUUCUUUCUUUUCAACUUCUCCUUAAUCCACCUGAAUCCGU